AUGCAGAACAGAAUAUUCAAUAAGAGCCAGGUGGACUAUCCACGGACCGCAGCCCAAAACCCCAGAACCUACGACAACACAAUGAUGAAGAAACAAGGAAUUUAUGGGAAGAUUCUCACCCCCUUCAUCCACGCGCCCAUCCCAAUUGUCAACAACAUCUGCUUUGGUGGAGGGAUACCCAACACGGCUUACUGGAUUUCCCCUCCCACUCCUCCUGCUUCAUGUCUGGCUGGGCUCUAUAUUACGUGCUCCAAGACAGGAUGGAGGAUAUGGGUGAGUUUCAACUCAGCAGAGGCUGGGAUCCAUCAUUCUGACGACAGCAAAGGAACAAGGACUUGGGUUGAUCUAGUGACAGACACAGCCCUGGUUCUGAGGGGACCCCGCCCCAUGCUCCUGCUGCCCCUUGUCUUGCUGGUGGCCUGCCUGGCUCUGGCUGGUGGGCAGCCAUGUGUCACGCAGAACAGACUGUUCAUUAGGCACCAUGUGAACAAUCCACGGACCCCAGCCCCCAAUCCCAGAGCCUACUGCAGCAUGAUGAUGAGGAGACGGAGAAUCUAUGGGAAGCUGAUCAACACCUUCAUCCACGCGCCCAUCCGGCCCAUCAACAAUGUCUGCUUUGGGGGUGGGACACCCUUCCCAAGUGGCCUGCUCUGGAGCAAAGUUUCCUUCACCAUCACUGUCUGCAUAUACAACUUGUCGACCUGCUCCUAUACCGGGACAUACCUUUCCUCGAGAAUUCUCAUCAGUUGCUGCCAGGGGCACCCUGUGUACUAUGAGGAGCGGAUGUUGCUUCCACUCAGGGUAUAGAGGGCAGCCACAGGACCCUGCUGUUUCCCCUAAGCCCACUCUGUCACUAACACACCAGUCAUGGCACCCGGCUCCUCACCAGCCUCUGAACACUGGUUAGAUUGUUUAGGUGUUUCCAUCCCUACGCCUAGUCUAUACAAUAUAACCUCACCAUCGAUCCUCUACUGC